GUGUAUAAAAGUGCAGCGUGCAGAGCCACAGCAUCACUCCGCCAAAGCCAUGGCCUUCAUCACUCUGCUCUCUGUGCUGGCACUGAUCCUCAACACGGGAGGUUUGCUCGGGGCUGAGGUGAGGAGCUCCAUCAUCGGGGGGAAGGAUGCUCAGAGGAACAGCUGGCCGGGGAUGGUGCACCUGAACCUUACAUCGAAUGGCAUCGACAAGUGGCGCUGUGGCGCCACCAUUGUAAGCAGUGGAUGGUUGAUGACUUCAGCAAGCUGCGUGAAAAGACACCCUGCACCUGAUUGGCGCAGAUCUUUUGCUUGCAUCAACUCACUCAACCUGCAAAAGGAUCAAGCCCGUUUCAUGGAGAUAACUACUGCCGUCAUUCACUCUCACGAAGAUAGACAUGACAUCGCCCUUUUAAAGCUGAAGAAAAAGGUGGAUUUCAAAAAAAUGGCUGGCAAAGUGAAUCUGCCCAGCGCUGACAACGCCUUCGGUCCAUCAUCUGAGUGUUGGAUCACUGGCUGGGGGAACAUUGGGAUUGAUGAUGCACUGCCAGGUCCAGAAACCCUUCAGGAGCUGAAGAUUUCCAUCAUCCCUAACAGUGUGUGUAAGGCCAGUUAUCCUGAGCUGACUUCUGACAUGCUGUGUGCAGGGGACAUGGCUGGAGGAAAUGAUGCGUGUAAAGGGGAUUAUGGCGGCCCGCUGAUGUGCCGCAUAAACGGUGGCUUCGUGCAGGUGGGCAUCAUGAGUUAUGGGAGUUGUGGUCUCCCAGGCAGACCUGGCGUCUACACCAAAGUGUCCAACCAUCUGCGCUUCAUCAACGAUUACAUCCACAGGGAGUAAAAUUGCAACAAGCAGACAACUAUUUUUAAAAGCCUUCUUAUUGCUUCUCUUCUGUGUUGUUACUGUCAGACCCUGUCUUCACUUGACAUGCACUCUGGUUUGUUCAACUCAAUUCUUUGCAUUAAAGCUUUAAAGCAUCAA